UUUUUCGGAGGCUAACAGAGGGUUUUCUCUCACCUAAAUUAGGCACUUUUGUCUCAAGCUUCUAGUUUAAGCAAAGGUCUUUGCUUCCUCUCAGAAAGCAACGAUACAGCUAGUAGUGGGCUGAAUCGCGAGACAUUUUAUCGAUGAGGGGCUUAGAAAAUGCCCCUCAACUCUGAAAAAUUUAAGGGCGGCAAUUUGUUCGAAUUGUUCCCCUAGGUUGGAAUUUCUCGUAUAGAAAAACUCGAGUUUUGUUUGUGUGGUUACUCUACGGUAGAAAACAGUUUUGUAGGUUACUUAGAAGUUUGCAAAAUGGAUUACGACCACUUGGAUCCAGAAGGAAGCUUGAUGGACAGGAUUCAAGCCCUUAUCCAACCUCCGCAGUCGGAAGAUUCAGGGAAGAGAAUGAAAAAAGGGGACAAAGAGGCGCGGAAGCAAGGACGGGCUGUCAACAACGACAACUGUGAUAGCUGUGGCGAAGGAGGUGAUUUACUCUGCUGUGACCGAUGUCCCUGCGCUUUUCACCUGACAUGCUGUGAUCCUCCGCUAGAAGAAGAUGAUAUACCUGAUGGUGAAUGGCUCUGUAAUGAAUGUAAAGCAUUACCCAAAGAGGAUGCUGAUAAUAAAGGGAAAGACCCUGCAAAUGAUGGAAUGAAAACUGAUGGUCAUUUGACACCAGCUGUGAAAGAAACUGAGAAUUCAAAACCAGAAUCACCGUUUUCUGCACUAGUAAAAAUGACAACCGGAAAAAACCCAACUACAUUUUCUCUACCACCUGAACUGAAGUGUAAUACCUUCUUUCCUGGCGACAGAAAAAGGAAAAAUAGUACUGAAGAAAGAACAGUUCCUGUAAAAAAUGGGAAAAGAAAUACUGAUGAUGAUGAACAUACAAUCCCUCCUGGGCGACUUUGUUUUGCUUGUAGUCGGAGUGAUUUGGUUGGCCAACUUGUUCAUUGUGACUUCUGCCCCCUGGCAUUUCACAUGGACUGUAUAAACCCUCCCCUGACUACUGUACCAAGUGGCAUGUGGAUGUGCCCAAAUCAUGCUGAGCAUGCUGAGCCUGGAUUACGUGAUCCAAGAUUUAGCAAAAGACUUCAAGCCUAUAAUGACCUUAGGAGUAAUAUUUCCCAGCAUACUAUAAAAAUGAACUUUCUUCAACGUGUGCACAGAUUGAAGAAACAUCCUUCUUUUAAAAGAAAGGACUUUUUACCAACAAGAAGAAGAGCAACCUUGGUUCCACAAGCAAUCAAGGACCAUUAUGAGUCUCCACCAUAUCGAACUCUUCCUGAACACAUAAAAAGAAUGCAAGAACCUUUACCACUACACGCGAUUCCUCUGAACACUCCAACUGCAGAGGAGCAGGAAGAGUGGUUAAAAUGUGUGAUUAGCCUCCAAUGUGGAAUUGCAAAGCAUCUGACACAACCAUCUGUAAACAAAGCUUUGAUUGCCAAUCACACAGAUAAUGCCUCUAAAGGGGAAACGUCAAAUUCAAACAAUCACUCAUCGACUUCAGGAUCAGCCCAUGCUACAAGUAGUGGAACUGGGAAAGAACCUGUUGUAAAUGGUCUGCUUUCGAAGUCCGACUUAACUAAUCAUGUUUCUGCAACAGCAGCUAAUGGCAGUGUACCAAAUGCUUGCAUAAGUAGAGUUGUGACAACCACUAUUACAACCACAAGUGGUGGGAAAACAAUAACAAAGCCACUGACAAUAUUAUAUGCAUCUCCGUCAAAAUUACAGACUCAUAUGAAUGGACCACUUAAUACAAAGUCAUUAGCAAGUUCAGGUAACUCUGUCAACCUUUGUACUGUGUCAUCUACACAUUUACCUUCACAAGUCUUAGUCAAACAGGAGCCAAAAACUGUUGAGAAACAGGUGGCCUGCGGUGACUUGACCCAGUUGAGUGCUGAAUGUAAACAACUUUCUAGUGACACAGCAAAACUUGUCAAUGAUAUUGGUCAUUUGAACAAUGUUAAGGCAAAAGUAACAACAGACUCUAUAAAAACGGUAGCUGUUUCAUCAUCCAGUUCUGUUGUGAACACAACUGUCAGUGCAGCUACCAGAACAAUUUCAACUGUGACUCCUUCUGGUUCAAGUGGUACCAGCACAACAAAAGUUGCUUCAUCAACACCAACAAAACUUAUUGUGCUUACGAGCACAAACAGUGGGAACAUCAUUAAGACAAUUGCUACUGCUGGGUUGUCUGCUGCUAGCACUGGCCAAAUCCCUGGUGGUAGUAUAGUAACAUUAGGAGCACCUGGAAAUGCAGGAAGUGUCAAUCCUGUGAAAAUUGGGACUGUGAAUGCUUCAGCACCUGUGUCAGUUGGGUCAAGUCCAAACAAAGUUAACCAAGCAGCUGCAGCAACCUCUAUGGCAACUGCUAAUGCUAUAAACAGUAUCUGUGCUGCAGCAGGAGUCGACGCGUUCAAUGAGUUGGCCAAGUUAGAUCCGCGGCUCAUACAAGUUUUGGCCUACCAGAGGCUACAGCAGCUUCUUACUCAGACCAAGCCCAUACCUCCAAGCCCAGUUUCAGCUCGGAAAAUUUCCUUCAAUGGCUUAAAAGAAACUAUAGUUCUUCCACAACAAGCUGUUCCUGCUGGCAGAUCCAUAGCAGUACUGUGUCCACUGUCAGGGACAGGUCCUGUGUGUCCAAUGAUUCACAAGUGUCUGUCGUUAGGACAAGGUCCAGAUAUGGAUGUUUGUCUCCAGGAAUAUGGACACUGCAACUUUAUAUCUGAAAAACAUUGCUCUAUAUUCUAUGAUGAGACUUCGAAACAGUAUGAACUCAUAAAUUACAGUGAACACGGAACAUAUGUAGAUAAUGUUUUAUACUCCUGUGACUUUUCGGACAAAAUCAACAGACAUGUUGUUUCAUCAAAGGAUCUCGAUCCUACCAAAGUGAGCAAGAACAAAUUGCUUGCUGCUGCGCAAGUGAGGCAGAACAAUUCAAAGCCAAAAGGAUCACGGAGAACUGUGGGACUUGGUGUGCAAAAAAUUGUCAAAGCUUGUAACUGCACAACAAGUAGCUCAAAUUUGAUUGGGGGCAGUGGUGCAGGAUGGGAAGGAACAGCUUUGUUGCAUCAUGGGAGUUACAUAAAGCUUGGUUGUGCACAAUUUGUUUUCAGUAUCACAAGCCAUGCAACAAAGUUGCCAUCAACUUCCAAGGCUUCUAGUUCCAGUGAUAAGAAAAUCGCUUCAUCUCAUUGAGCCCUGGGUACAAUAUCACUGUCAUUGGCAAAAAAAGAGAUAUAUAUAUAUUUCACUACUUCCAGCUGCUAAGAGGAUUAUGGACUUCAAAAGGAAAAAGAUAACCAACAAGGAGCCUACGAUUUCCUGCCCGGUGUUGUACUCAUUGCUAUUGUUCAUGAGACAAGCAACAAACAAACAGUAUUUUUAUACUGUAGGGAUGUGCGCACUGCAUAUUGGAGAAAAGAAAACAUGUUAAUAAAAGUGUAAAUUAGAUUUUUUAUACACUGACGUCAAAGACUUUUUAGAGAAGCAUCGCUAAUUUUAUUCUUGUAUUAUUCUAUUUAAGACAGGGAUGGACAAAAUAUUUAUUAUUUGUACAGUUUAUGUCCAUCUUUGUCUUGCAACUCACAAGUUAGCUUUUGUGAUAUCAAGGCAUCUCCCACUAAAAAAACGUUGACUGUAACAAUAUUGUUAGUAGGUGUAAUUAGCUAAUUAUCAGUUGCAGAUAACGUGUGAUCUUUGUGCACCCACAAAAUGCACACAUCUGAGAUAUGUACACAUUCACUGAGAAUUACAUUAAAUACCUUAGAGUGUUUAUGUGAACAUAACAUCUCAGCUGUGUCCCAUACACAUUAGCCUAAGUGUAGCCGUAUCCUCCCCCCCGCCAAGGUGAAACGGAGGCGAGACAACCCGCGGAAACCUCGCUUCCGUUUCACCAUAGGGGGAGGGUACGGCUACACGUCGGCUACAUACACAUUAAUUGAAACAAGAUCUUGUGUGUUAAGAUAUAUUGAUACGAUAAUUAGAAAUUGGAUACCAAUGUUAGAGCUCUCCUGUGUUUUUCUGAGUUGGUUUCUAGUUUUCAGAGUUGCCAUCUGCGUUAUGUUCUUAUCGUGUCUCGUUAAAAUUGUUGUUGAGGGAGGGGAGGACUGUUAAGUUUGGGUAGUGUUCUUGGUUGCUAGAGGUCAAGGGUAUCUCCUUGUCGGCCAAUUACUCGCAGAGGUAUCUGUUUAUCUGAUUGUCCAAAGAUAGUUUUGUUCUCAUUUUCUCAGCCAUCUCAAAUUCUUGAAAAGUAUUUGAUUCUCAGAGAUGAAAUGUCAGUUAAGUCAUUCGACUGCGUUUUUCAAGAGAAUGGAGCAAAACUCGCGUAUGUUAAGUGAGGAUUGCAGAAAAUAUAAUUGGCCAGAUUACAAACAGUACAUACUCUUAACGGAGAAGGGAGACUACCGCUUGGGAGGCUCGUAUCAUCGAGAUGUCGGAAUCGACACUGUUAAAUAGCACCGACCUUCAAGGUCUUCAGGAUUUACAUCAACGGCUGGGGCAGACAAUAGGAGAAUUGCAGGAAAGGGAAAAGGCCAAGGAAGCAAAAGAAGCUCGCAACAGACUCGUGAAACGUUUGAUUUCGAGUUUGAUAUGUUGGCCAUGCGCUGGCUGUUGCUUUAAAGAAGGAGGAUGGAAACGACGGGUUUGCUCAUUAUCCGUCGCUCUGAUGUUUUACGGUGUAGUAUUUACCGUUCUUGUGGCUACAGGAGGUAUCCAUUCGUCCCUUACUAUUCUCAUUGUCAUACCAAUAUUGGUCACAGCAAUCGGUGUACUUGUUGGAGUAGGAUUAUGUUGGAAAGAGAAGGAUUGCUGUAAAAAAACGGGUCGUUGCGAAACUUCUUCCUCAUCUCGUGUCCGUGGGUAUUCUUAUACUCCUCUAGACCAACCAGAACUCACAUCUGUAGCUUAGGAAAAAGAAUAGUCGGUUAUUAACCUUGGCACUUUUUAAUUGGACGCUAAACUGAGGAAUGCAACCUUAAAAUAGAUUUAUGGUUUGGAGAACCACACUACACCCUAACAUAAACAAGCCAAGAAUAAAAGCGGACACCUACGGGACUCGAGCAUUGGUCUGCUUAAUAAAGUUUUCUUACAUUGCAAAACCGUGGUAAUAGUUAAACCACAGCUAGAUUACAGUGAGUGAUCAGGAACCUUUCGGAUCUGUCAUAAUAUAACGGGCUGGAAGAAUCAUGCCCGACUGCAAGGCUGCGUUCAUUGUUUUAGAUAAACUGGAUGGUUAAAGAUAAAUUUGAUCUAGGUCAUCUCUGAAUCUGGAUAACUGAAUCAUUUUAGGUUUGAAUACAUCUUGUGAAUUACAUUCAAUCACUUUCUUUGGAUUAACAUUGUCUAAAAAGAAGAAAUUGGUUUUUGUUGCGAUUUCUCGUUCUAGUGACGAAGGGUCGACACAAAAAGUUCAUUAUAAAUGUGUUAGAACUCCAAUAAACAUGAAAUCUUUACUGCAUACAACAGGAGGGAUUUUUUUUCCAAGUCUCUCUCUCUCUCACAGUUAACUAAAGGCUACUUCAAGCAACCGUAUCCAAACCUCCCAUGGGUUUUUUUUUCUACCCCUCCUCUACUAUCGCACUACUAGUGAGCUUAGUUUUACGAACUUAACUCCUGGAACAGGUUUGGGAACCUACAACCAAAAGUUCAACAUAUUAGACUACCAUCUAAAAUGGUUGGUCCCAUUCGACAGGCUGUUUCCAGUGUUGGUUAUGGUUUGAUUUACAUUGAUGUAAAAACAAAAUG